CACCCUCUUCUUUGCUUUUCAACAUGUCUGCGCCCUGUAGGAUGCUGCUGACGGCGUGAAGGUUCCGGACAAGCGACAGUGGAUGUAUUCUCAGUUGAUUCAGAGGCAGAUUUAAGAUUUUCCAGACAGACCAGGAUGUCAAAGAUCUCCAAGUCAGCAAAGGCUGUGAAGAAAUUGAACGCAGCAGGUGUAAUCCGAGCUAUAGUGAGGUCAGGACAAGCAACACCCGGACCCCCUCUGGGCCCCAUCCUGGGACAGAGGGGAAUCCCUAUCGGACAGUUCUGCAAGGACUUCAAUGAGCUAACCAAAGAGAUAAAGGAGGGGAUCCCUAUCCCGGUCAAGAUCCAUGUGAAGCCUGACAGAUCCUACGAUCUGAAGAUCGGACAGCCCACCGUGUCUUACUUCCUCAAACAGGCGGCGGGGAUCGCUAAAGGAGCCAGCAACACAGGCCAUGAGAUAGCAGGGAAGGUGUCAGUGAGGGCCGUGUAUGAAAUUGCGCAGGUGAAGGCUCAGGACGAGAGUUUCAAGAUGAGGAACGUCUCCCUCGAGUGCAUCGUGAAAAGCAUCAUCGGCUCAGCACGCUCGCUGGGCAUACAGAUCGUCCAUGAUUUACCAGCUGAUGAGUAUAAAGUCUUCCUCGAGCAGCGGGAGGAGAAGCUGAAGGCAGAAGCCGAAGCAGCGGCUGAGGCCGCUGCACUCGAAGCUUCGUUGAGCAAGAAAAAAUGAAAACCUGCGACACCGACUCCUGCAUUCCUGUUCAUUUGAACUUUAAACAUGAAACACGUUCAUGCAAUAAAACCAUUAAUGCUUUGUUUAUUAAUAAACAGUCACCUGUUAUGUGACGUCUUUCUUUUCCCUCAUUUACAUCA